AUGAAGUUAACUCAACAGCGGACCAGUCGUUACGACAAUACACCCGAAUCUCUGACCGAUUGGCUCGAAGAACAACUCGACAGUCGAGGCAUCGACGCCGUGGUCUACACGCGGUAUAUACUGAGUCUCCUGUUGGAGGACUCGAGUGAUUCCGACACCGACGACAGCACCGGCUCUAACACUGGUAUCUCGUCGGUGACCACUGCCGACAUCAGUCGCUGCUCUUGUAAACAGACGUGUAGUAAGACUUCGACGAAAUGGAAACACAAACGAUAUCUCAAACAGAUUAACGCCAACCAUAACAACAAUAAUUGCGUGAAUGGCGACACCCAUUGGUUAUUGCAAUCGGAGUGUUGUCUCCACCGGGAGAUGAAUGGCGAUGAAGAGCGCAAAUUAGCGGUCGUUCAGUGCUUGAAGUCUGCGUCAGAACAGGAGUUCGGAAUCGAGUCAUUUGUGGACGAAUUGUGCGCUAAAUUGAAGACAAUUAAGGCGUUGUCCGAAACGAGUGAAUUGAGUUCUGACCCCAAAUCGGAUGUCUCUAACAAUAAUGGCAUUAAAGCGUCGCCUAAAGACAUGGCUAUGAAAUACUACGCGGCCUUUCCUGCACUCCACACCGACACCCAAACUGUUUCCAAAGCCGACACUAUAGAGAUCGCUGAGCGCCCGAAGAACGCCCCGAAGAACCCGUCGAAUAAAUACCAAUGGAAUGGACAGAAGAUCAUUGAAUUCAUUAGCAGCGGCGGCACUAUUACCGGUGCCUUCGAUGGCAAUCGAUUACUGCACGGAUUGACUGCUGACAGCGAUGGAGACACUUCUCAACCAACUCUGACCACAGAUACUGAUUGUCCCGAAAAUGACGACAAACCAAAUCCGCAGACAUCGGAAAGUCGUGCGAACAGUGGUGCGAAUGAAGGCAACAAACAAACUCCGGAAACCAUUAAUGCAAAAGUGUUUUACUGUCGAGACAUCGAAAGCAAGGCAUUGAACACAACUAGUGAUGCUCUGAACACCUUUCUAGUCGUCAACAGCACUACAAACGUCAAUACCGUUAAGCGUUUUGUUGACUGCAAUGGCGAAGAGACGGACAAAUUUCAGCGAUUAGUCGAUAAGUUUAACAGUAAUAUAGCGUCGAUUUGGACAAAGCCUGGAUCCGAUGGUCUGCCCAAUAAGAACGACAACAUCUGGAGCUUCGACUCGUCAUUCUCGUCGAACCAGUCGUCGGCCACUCCCAGCCCUAAACCCAAUGCAAUAGACAUCUGGUCAUCAAUGCCUUCAAAUGAUAGCAAUGAACGCCUCGCUCGCAACACAGCGCCCACCGCUUUGGAGGACAUGUACUCAAUGCACGGCAUGAAUUGGGAAUCAAAUCUUCUCAAAUCGAUUAAUGUAUUCCCUGACGACGGCUUCAUUGAUGGCAAUCAUGAUCUGAUCGAUGAGGAGAGCGUUUGGUUAACCAAUAACACCGAUAAGUUGUAUAACGACUCGUCUCUGAUUACACUUGAAAAUCACCAAAAGAAUAGUCCAUUCAUUGAAUUCAAUUCGUUGUUCUCGUCGACUCCGAAGGCAUCAGAAAAGGAUUGUUCGCUUGAAUUGUCCAAAUUGUUGUCAAUGGUAUCCCUUCUAAACCAGUCUAAGCAUCACUUGAGUCCACCGCCCGAAGAGAAUUUGUUGACUUCACCGAAGACUCACUUUCAGCCCAUAAAACACGACUCAUUCGAAAGGGAUGACUCGGAUGAGGGCUCUGUUCCUGAUAUCACUGAUAAUGAAGUGAAAAAACUGGUCAUUUGUUCGGAUAAGUGUCCCAACAAUGGGGACAAACUCAAGGAGAGUGAAGUACCCCUUAAAUGCAGACCAGUGUCCACAUCACUCGAUGAAUUGGCCUCUUUUAUGGGUCCCUUCAAUGACUUGGAGUUCGGUUCCAAUGAAUUCCUAACUUCACUGCCUAUUAGUGAAGAAAUGGAGUUUACAAUCGGCAUCAAAGAAAGUCAAAUGAGUGACAAAUGGACAAACACUGAAACAGAGAUUCAGACGGAAGUGAAGUCAAAACUGGAGCCAAAACUGGAGCCAAUACUAGAGAGCGAACCCGAAUACCAGGACUUAUAUAAUAUGAUUAAUGAAGUGCUUCGUAAUGGUAUUGUGGAGAACGACUCUCUGGUGAAAGGGUGCUCCUCUUCGGUCGCCGCUUUGGAUGACUGGUAUGACUCGGAUUACGACAAUUGCAAUGAUUUGGUUGCGACGCCCAGUCGUGAGAAGCGUUUGUCUUGGAAUUACUAUUGGGAUACAUAUGACAUCAGUUCCGCCACUAAAAGCCAAUUCUCAACGGAAUCAGAGACUCCUUUCAAAGAUGACAAAGUAGUCAAUAGUCUUGGAUUCGGUUCCAAGUUUGCGAAGAAAUCUUUGAAAGAAACCACUGAUGAAGCCUUUGGCGACGAACUCUUCUAUAACAACAGUCGUUAUGUUAACUGUUCUCUCGAUGAAUGUCCAGAAUAUGAAGAAGUUUUCGAUGACUACGGUUUGCUAAAUGAUAAUGAAUUCGACGACUUUCAUGCCGUUUAUGGUGAGAAUGAGUGUAUAGACGGCGAGAAUUCCUCUGAAUAUCUGUUGGGGAAGGAUGUGGUCGGCGGUGAUGUCUCCUCUUUGGGUCAGAAGUUUGAUCUGCAGCUACAGCCCCGCUAUAGUGAAGCUUCAAAGCGGGUUCGGAAGCCGUGCUCUUUCUUCAUAGAAGGGAACUGUAAGAGAAGUGACUGCAAGUACUCGCACGACAUCAGCGCCAUUACCUGCAAGUACUGGGAGGAAGGCUUUUGCUUCAAAGCAGAGUUGUGUCCAUUUCUUCACGGAUACGCCGAUGAGCAAAAUAUUAUUAAAACAAAGCCAUUGCUGUCUAAGUUGAAGAAAUCGUAUGCCAUUGAAUCGGAAUCGGAUUUCCCUUCGCUGGCAAUACUACCCAACUCUGAGGACAACACUCCCGCACUACCAGACGUUGAGCCGCCGCUUCGUGUGGAGCAACACUUCUUUGACUUUCGGACCAAAUCUGUAGUCGACAGCAAUAGCAGCCGAUUAUCAAAAGCAAAGCUUCCGAUUACUGUCGUCAUGAAGAAAAAGGUUAAGAAACGCAAAGACAGAAAUUUGCAGUAAAUUACUGAUUCAUUCGCUAAAACACCACAAUUUGAGUGAAACAACAAAAACAAAAAACACAUAAUUUUUCUCUCAUUUUCUAAUUGAAUAUUGUUUUACGAAAAUGGGAUGAAAAUUGUGAACAAAAAAAUGUCGAAAUUUGAAACGUUUACAAAAAAAUAUAUAUUUAGUAUAAUUUCAUUUAAUAUUUAAUAUUAUUAUAAGUAAUCGUUUAAUUCAUUGAAAACUUUGAUUGGUUGAGAAGUUGUUUAAAAGAAAGGGAUUAGAGAAGAGAGAAAUACAUUCGUUCCGUUUUUUAUAUGUCUGUCCAUCGCAUUAGUCUAUGGAUCGAUGUUUUCAGUUUUUGAAUGUCUUUUAUAAUUAUGUUAUCGAAUGAAUGGAUAGUAUUUUAUGGGAAGGAAAUGAAAGUGAUUUUUGAAUUAUAUAUUUGUUUCUAUUUAUGAGUAGAAAGUGAAUUUGCGAGACAUUAAUGUUAUUUUUAAAAUUAGUAAAAUUGUUAUUUUCAAAAGAGAUGUACCACUCGUUUCUAUUUUAUUAAUUUUAUUUUUCCUCAUUUUUUUAUAAAAUAAAUUCUCAGUUAAUUUACUUUAGGUUUAAUUAGUGUUUUAGUAGUUUUAACUGUUAUAUGAAUAUACAAACUCAGUUCAUAUCUGUGCAUCUCUUAAAAAAAAUUAAAUUAUCGAUUACGAGUGAAAAACUAUUGGUAAAAAUAUAUUUAAUAAAUAACUAUAUAAUAAAAAACAUAUAUUUCAAAAAAGUACACAAAAAAAUAUUCACUUCUAGUCAUAUCACAUCACGUAUAAUAUGAAUACAAUACAUGUGUUUUUGUGUUUCACAUUAUAUACCCAUUGUUUCAAAAGCCAUUCACUCAUUGAAAGCUCAUUCUCAUUAUGACAUGCAUUUCGUUUUCAAUAAGAAUUUUCAUUUUUCCCAUUUUAAACAUACAAAGCAUUGAAAAAACUAUUUCCACACAAACACACAUCACUUUCAAUGGAUAUAAUUGUUUCGAUGGAUUUAUGAAAUAAUAAUUAAUAAUUGCAUCUACUUAUCGAUCAAAAACAUUAAAAAAAACUUUCCCCUAAAAG